AUGGAAUCACAAGAUGAAGACGCUUCUGCUGCUGCGUUACAAAGUGAAAUCAACUAUUUUAUGUCGAUUCCAUGGUGUCGGUCUCACAUAUGCGAACCAAAUUUUCAUCCUGUCAACAGACCCCGGAAAGCUACGCUAGACCACGGACACACGCUACUCGGCAAGACCUGGUUCACUAAGGAUACACUUCCGCAUUUGCUCACUUUGCAUCGACAAGCUUGUGUCGCAGAGGGCUGGAGGAGCGAGAUCUGCAGAUUCCAUGCGAUAGGGACGGGGUUAAACGAACAUCCGGGUGUUUUCCACGGUGGGGCCAUUGCCACCGUGUUGGAUAGUGCACUGGGUAUUCUCGUCAAGUGUUCGAUACCAGAUGGGAGGCCCGCCUAUACGGUUGUGUUGAACAUUACAUAUAAGAAAGCUAUCAAAACACCGGGGACAAUCAUGGCACGUUCCUGGAUCACAAAGAUGGAGGGGAGAAAGGUUUGGGCUUGUGCCCAGAUCGAAACCAGCACCGGCGAGAUCCAUGCCACUGCAGAAGGAAUUUUUGUCAAGGGGAAUGCAAAAAUCUAG